AUGGUCCCAACUCGAUUUCGAUCGCUAUCUCCACCGCACCGCUUCGAGCACAGCCGCUUACACAACAGCACACCACUCCGUGCCGUUUUGACCCUUCUGUACGUCUACUCGGGUCAGUACAACCUCAAGCCUGGUGCAGUUCCAGCAGCACGCUCGAACCGCCAGACCCUUACUAGCUCCACUCACCUGUGCAGUCCGAAUGGAGGUAAUAAUGGUCUUACCACGAGCACAACAGUUGACUCGAUCGCAUCUUCUCGAGCGCAGCCGCUCGCACAACUGCACCAUGACUCAGUUCAUUGGUUACUUAUUGAAUUCAUGGGUUACUUAUUGAAACAGAGGACGAAGUUAGGGAAGUAUCUCGCUAGGUAUCCAUGGCAGAUUCGCCUACUAGAAGCACGGAUCAGUUCAUUGCAGUAUGGAGGUGACAUACAUUCGACUGGAUUGUAA